GAUGUCAACAUCCAGUACCGCGAUGCCGGAGUGCCAGAUAUCGAGGUACCGAGCGUGCUAAGCCGGGCUAUGGGUGGUGGCCAGGACGGGCUGCAAGAAUGUUUAUUCAUAGCCAUUUCGAAGCGAGACUCCCGUUGGAUGAAAAGGUUGGUGGCAUGUCAAGCGGACCCGGGACAGCCUUUCACCGACCCGGAGCAGCAUUUCACCGCCACGCCCCUGCACCUCACAGUCGACGAACGCUUUGUGGAAGGACUGAAGACUCUAUGCGAAUCCCGCGCGGAUGUCAAUAGGGCACUAGAAGGCUGCAGUUCACCGUUCUGGUCGAUGUUGGAGGACUUCCCGGAGGAAAGACCUUGGAGCCCAAGCGAUCGGGAGUGCUUGCAAGUCUUGAUCAUGGCACGCGCCAAGAUCAAUGACUUCAAUUUUCAACAACACACCCCGCUCACGUUUAUCGCCUCCGAGGCGAUCGAUGACGGCGAUUCUUGUAAAAUCCUCCAGAUUCUACUGGAGGGCAACGCAGAUCCAGACCGGUUCGACCAGGACGGGUUUUCGGCUCUGCACUACGCAGUAAAGUACGGCCACCAGCAGAUGACACGCCGGCUGAUCCACAACAGGGCGACUGUCGACAUCGCCGUCGGCCAGCCCACCCGAUACUUCGGCAAAACGGCGCUCACCUUCGCCAUUGAGCAGAGCGACACCCCGCUUGUGUCUACGCUUCUGCAGCUGUUUGCCGAUGUGCAGAAGGCGCUGGAAUGGAGCACCCUCCCGCUCUGGCAAGCCAUGGUCGGGCCGAGAUAUGAGGAGGUGAGGCAGCUGCUUCAGGACGCUCACCGCCUUGCCAUGAUAAGUGGGUCCGAGGAGGACCGCGUAGCCAGACAGCAGCGCGAGGAGUUUCAGAAUGCGGAGGGACCAAUUGCUGCGCUGCAGCCUGCCGUCGCCAUGAGGAUGCCAGCCAUCUGCGUAGAUACUUCGCUCGUCCAUGUCGACGUCACGAAGGUGCAGGUGUCGGUGACCUAUGAUCCAUGCGAUUGA